AUGAACCUUAACGCGGUGCUGGGUUCUUCAGAGCCAAGGGCAACCACUCUCAACUGGGAGCAGCUGAACAUGCUGUCAGUCUCAAAUUCCGGCCUAGAUAACCCCUUUUCCGAGGAGGAAGUAUGGGAGGCAAUCAAAGACAUGUCAAGGGACAGGGCACCAGGACCUGACGAGUUCAACGGAGCGUUCUAUAGAUCUUGCUGGGCAAUUAUCAAGGCAGAUGUUAUUCUUGCUCUCAACCAGUUCUACUGUUGCUCUGGCCAAAACUUCAGUGAGCUCAACUCUGCUCACGUGGCUCUGCUGCCCAAAAAGGAUGGGACUAUUAAGAUGGCUGAUUACCACCCCAUCAGUCUCAUUCAUUCCAUGGCAAAGCUCAUUGCAAAAGUGAUGUCCAUCCGCCUGUCAAAGAUCAUUCAUCUAAUUAUCUCACCUGCCCAAACAGCCUUCAUGAAGACCAAAUGCAUACAUGACAGCUUCAUGUAUGUUCAGAACGGAGUCCGGUCGCUGCACAGGAAAAGCACGCCGGUAGUGCUGCUGAAACUUGACAUCACCAUGGCUUUUGACAGUAUAUCUUGGUCCUAUCUGCUUGAGCUCAUGCAACGGUUGGGCUUCAGUUCUAGAUGGCGGGACUAG